AUGUCCGUCUUCAAAGACCAUUAUCUCAAAAAGCAUUUAUCAGAAAACUGUCAAAUCCUCCUCCGUCCCGACGGAGAACGAGGAAUUUUCGCCUCCCAAGACUUAAAAUCAGGAGAUCUCCUUUUCCAAGAUAGACCUUUACUUCUGGGCCCUAAAAAUGCUGUCACUGCUGUUCAGUGCUCAUGCUGUUAUAAAUCUAAUGCGGAUUUAAAACCCUGCAGAAAGGGGUGCUCUUUGCCAUUGUGCGAAGAUUGUUCGAAGGACAAAGAAGAACAUGAACAAGAUUGCACGAUGCUGAGGAAUUUGGGUAUUUGUGAUACAAAUUCCUGGAGCCUGAACGUCCUCCGAGCUCUGACUCCGUUGCGUGCACUGCGUUUGCAAGAAAAAGAUAAAAACGUCUUGAAAUUAUUAAAAUCACUCAAGAACAUUCCAACUAGAGAUGAAUUGGAUAGUUUUUUGAGAUUAUUAGAUAAUCCUAAUAUCAUAGAUGUACAAGAUAUUGAAUUUAUGCAUCAAGUUUGUAGUAUUCUGCAAACUAAUUCUUUUGAAGUGCCUGUUGUCAACUGUGGGGUGGAAAUUAGUUAUAUCAGAGGCAUUUAUCCCAUGGCGGCUAUGUUGAAUCAUUCGUGUGCGCCGAACGUGCGCCAUUCUUUUGUUAAAGAAAAGGCAGAGGAUUCGGUAAAAGGGGGUGUACAAUUUUCGCCGAUUUUAGAAUUUCGUGCAAGACAAGAUGUAAAAUGUGGAGAAGAAUUAUUCAUUACCUACUGCGAUAUCACUGAUGUGACAUCAGUCCGGCUCAAAAAAUUGUCUUUGACUAAAGGAUUCUUGUGCAAAUGUCCAAGAUGCUCAGAUAGGACGGAAUUUGGCACAAAUAUUUCUGCAUUCAAGUGUGCGAACCAAGAUAAAGACUGUGCAGGUAUGAUGUUACCGCAGGAGCCCCUAAAAUUAUCUACAGAUUACAUUUGUAUAUCUUGCAACUUUAUUUUAAAUAAAGAUUUAGUAGAAGAUUAUCAAAAAUCUGCAACAGCAUUAUUGGCAACUUUGAAAAAUGGACAGUUAGACAAGAGUGAUAUAAAAUUGGCGAAUGAUUAUUUAAAUGAAGCAAAAGACAUUUUAAAAAAUGAUGUUACUGUUGUAUUAGAUGAUUAUUAA